AUGGCACACGGAAUUUCAAAUGAUGAUCCAACAAAAAAAGAACAUGUUGAUGCACCAGAAAUACUUGAUAAAAAACUUGAUCAAUUAGCAGAUUGGAUUCGAAAUGCUAAACAUUUUAUUGUAUUUACAGGUGCCGGUAUAUCGACAUCAACUGGUAUUCCUGAUUUUCGAUCGAGUAUGAAUACAAUAUUACCAACAGGACCUGGUGUAUGGGAACUUCGAGAUCAUCCCGGUGCAAAACGUGCACCAAAUGCUCGUACAACAUCAUCAACAAAAGCUAUUCCAUCAGUUACACAUAUGGCUCUUGUUGAAUUAGCUCGUCGUAAUCUUCUUCAUUUUGUUGUUUCACAAAAUACUGAUGGUCUUCAUUUACGUUCUGGUUUAUCAUCAACAUUAUUAGCUGAAUUACAUGGAAAUUCAAAUUUAGAAACAUGUAAAAAAUGUCGUACAAAAUAUUUACGUGAUUAUCGUACACGUACGGCUAACAAAGUUCAUGAGCAUGCAACAACUCGAAAAUGUACGAAAUGCAGUUCAACACUUUAUGAUUCAAUUAUUAAUUUUGGUGAAAAUCUACCUGAAUAUGAAUUAGAAACAAGUUUUGAUCAUGCAGAACGUGCAGAUGUUUGUCUUGUCUUAGGUUCAUCAUUACGUGUAACUCCAGCAGCUAAUAUUCCAGAACGAGUUGGUGAACGUGGUGGAAAAUUAAUUAUUGGAAAUUUACAAUUAACUCCAUUAGCAAAUUUAGCUAAAUUAAAUGUUCAUGCAUUGUGUGAUGAUUUAAUGCGAGGAUUAAUGGCUAAAUUAGAUAUUCCUAUACCAGAAUGGGAACUUCAUCGACGAAUACGUAUUACAAUUAAAGAUCAAACUUUAUCAAUAAUGGGUCUUGAUCUUAAUCAAGAUAUAGCUUAUACACUUUUUUCAACAAUAAAAAUAUCAGUACGAGAAGGAACUGAAUCAAAAUAUGAUUCAAAAGAGAUUAAAGGUGUAGAACCAAUUGAACAUAAAAUAAAAGUCAAUAAUCCAAAUGAUAAAAUGAAUGUUUAUGUUGAAUUAAAUUGGCAAGGACAUUACAAUGAACCAACGAGAAUAUUAUUUAUGGGUUCAAAUGUAUCACAACCACCAAUUGAAUUAAGUGCAGAAGAUAUUGAAUUUAUUUCAACUAAGGCUAAUAUUGAUCAUGAAAAUGUGCAAGUUUGGUAUGAAAAACUUAAGGCUGCUUGUCCAAAUGGGAAAAUUUCUAAAACAGAUACAGUGAAUUUCAUACGAAGUAUAAAUAGUGGUAAAGAAGAGCAAAUUCAAAAAAUGGCAAUAGAUAUUCAUAAAGCAUUUGACACUAAUAAUGAUGGAAUUGUUGAUCAACGUGAAUUUUUAAUUGGUUUUGCUUUAACAUCUACGGGUAGUGUUCGUGAAAAGCUUAAAUAUGUCUUUCGAACAUAUGAUCAUGAUAAAGAUGGUGUUAUUAAUAAAAAAGAAAUAGACCGAAUGGUUAAAAUUGUAAUGAGACUUCGUGCAAAAGAUGAUCCAGAAAAUACUGCACGUAUUAUUGAUGACUUAAAAACAUCACUUGAACAUCUUAAUGGAAGCAAAGAUUUUGAUGAUAUAAAAAUAACAUCACAAGAUUUUAUUCAAUUAUUAAUGAAUAAUAAAGAAUUAUGUGAAUUAUUGUCACCAUUCAAUAUAGAACAACCAAGAGAAAUUAUUGUUCAGCAAUCAUAUUCUCGAUCAAAAUAA